AAAAAAAGAACAUUUUUUCGUAGCUGUAAUCUAAGAAAGAAAUCUACGUCAGAUUCCAAGUUAGACAAAGAGGAAUUUGGAAAACAUUCCAGUGGUGAUAACUCAUGCUUAGAUAAUGAUUCUGAGAACGAUGUUGAUAAAAUACUAGGAAAACAAUCUUUAAAGCCAGAUAUUGUAUUUAUGAGGGAAUGCACAGAUGAGCUCUAUUCUGGUUUACAGCUACCAGAGGAAAAAGCAGAGUCUCCACUUAAUUCUAACAUAAUUGAAACAUCUGUUAAAACCAAGACAAUGCACUCCUCUAAAUAUGUCUCUCAAAGAAUUACAUUUCUUGAAGGAUCUAAACCUAACAUGAAAACCCCAAAAAAGAGCACAACUUUAAAUUCUAAAUCCACAGAUGAAAUAGGAUCUCCCUGUAAUUCAGAUCCAGGAUGGGUUGAUAUUGAGCAUGAGUUUGAUCACAACCUGGAUGAGCAUAUCAGAAAGAUUGAUGCAGAACUUGAGGCUGCAAAAGUUGAGGAGGUCGAGUACCAGAAAUACCUCCAGGAAAAUGAAGGUUUCAGGGAUAGGCUAGAGGCUGAGGUUACUGAACCUGUUAUUAGAGAACUUUUCAACAAAAGAUUGGAAUUUUUCAAAGAGAUUUGGUCUGGGAGGGGAAAUUGUGCCCGGCAUGACCAGUAUGCCCGGGCAGGGGCAGAUAGGCAGGCGUUGAGAUUCAGUAUGAUUUAUGACCCUUACACGGAGCAACAGCUAGAUUGGGUUAUAGACGAGAUUUCCAAGGUUUGGAUGCGGACUGAUCAGGAGAAAAGGGAUAACAACGAUUAUGUUUGGAAGGUUUUGCUACCAGAGGCUUUGAUAAAGAUAUACAUGGAUCAUUUCUCUAUGGAGAGGCUAGAGGAACGGCCGACUUCUUACCAAAAAUGUGACUAUCCAAAUUAUAUGUUAUAAAUUAGUUUAAUAAAAUCUUAAAACACUA